UUUGUGACUAGUACGAUCUAGUACGAUGCUGUAUGACGAUCGUUUAUGCACGAAUUCCGCUUCGUCAGGGGGGUGAGCUGAGCUUCCUUUAUGGUGGCUGGCUGGUUUCUGCUAAGGGGUAAUGUAACGCUGACAAGGGUGGCGGAGUUGGCGGCGGGCACAGCACAGUAACUGGUGUCGGCGGCUCUAGGUCCUGUUCGGUGGUUCUUAAAAAGAAAGUCGACUGUCGUUCAAAUUCGGCCCGUUAAUGGUUGAGAAUGAUUGGAAUAUGGUUGGACGAAGAGGAAAUGCGAUCGUCAUCAACAUCAUGUGAAGCCCCAUCGACGAGCUAUAUUUAAUAUGAAUGUAGGUGCCAGAUUAGCUAGGUGGUUUUUCUGAGAUGUCUCUGUGUCGCGAUACACAUUGCUGCCCCUCACGAAGAUAGGUGAUCAAUCGCCCACGAUAGCUGCAAUCAUGUAUACCUCGUGGACUUCGCUGGCUUUAUUGUCGCAGCUGGUUUCCCUGGCGCUAUCGGCGGAUGUGGAUGAUUGGAAAACUCGAAACAUCUACUUCGCUUUGACGGACCGGAUAGCUCGCAGCAGCGAUGAUACGGGAGGCGAUGCAUGUGGUGAUCUCUCCACCUACUGUGGUGGUACCUUUCAAGGUCUCCAGUCUAAGCUCGACUACAUCGCUGGCAUGGGUUUUGAUGCCAUCUGGAUUACUCCUGUCGUAGCAAACACCGACGGUGGUUACCACGGAUAUUGGGCUUCUGACUUAUACAGUAUCAAUUCCAAUCACGGUACGGCGGACGACCUCAAGGCCUUAGUCAGUGCUGCACACGAGAAGGGAAUUUAUAUGAUGAUUGAUGUAGUCGCAAACCACGUUGGCCCAGUUGCUCUCUCGGACCACCAACCAGAGCCACUGAACCAGGAUAGUUCCUAUCAUUCACAAUGCGAAAUCGACUAUUCCAACCAAGACAGCGUCGAGAAUUGCUGGAUAGCCAAUCUCCCCGAUCUUAACACGGAAAGUUCCGAUGUCCAGAAGGUCUACCAGGAUUGGGUGAGCUGGCUUGUGACGGAAUACAGCUUCGACGGAGUGCGCAUUGACACCGUUAAACACGUCGAAAAGGACUACUGGCCAGGAUUCUCUUCCGCUGCUGGGGUGUACACGAUCGGCGAGGUCUUCGACGGCGACCCGUCUUACGUCUCGGGUUAUGCUAGCCUUAUGUCCGGGUUGUUGAACUACCCCAUGUACUAUCCGAUGAACAACUUCUACCAGCAGACCGGUUCGAGCCAGGCCAUUGUGGAUAUGUAUGAUCAGAUCAGCUCGAUGUUCCCAGACCCAACGGCGUUGGGCUCGUUCUUAGACAAUCACGAUAACGCGCGAUGGUUGAACACCAAAAACGAUCUAUCGCUCCUUAAGAACGCCCUCGCUUAUGUCAUUCUCGCUCGAGGUGUUCCAAUUGUGUAUUACGGCACGGAGCAAGCUUUCUCGGGUGGUGCCGAUCCGGCUAAUCGUGAGGACCUCUGGCGGAGCGGGUUUAAUACCGAUUCCGAAAUUUACCAGGCCAUUACUAAGUUAUCUGCGGCGAGAAAAGCGGCGGGUGGUCUUGCCGGUAAUGAUCAGACUCAUCUGUAUGUGGCGGAUACUGCUUACGCCUGGAGCCGAGAGGGAGGCGAUCUGGUUGUUCUCACGACUAACAGCGGCCUCGGUUCUAGUGGAAAUUUCUGUUUCGAUACUCAGGUUGCUAAUAAGGCUUGGAAUAACACUUUUGGGUCUGGUUCGUAUACUUCGGACGGAAGUGGAAAUGUCUGUGUCGAUGUUACCAACGGCGAGCCUGUCGUAUUAGUCGCUUCUUGAAGUUAUUCAUAGCAGAUUAAAAAAUUGAACUCUCGGACGCCCAGCUCAUGUAUACAAUAUGCGUCAUUGAAUAGGAUAUAGAAUCCAGAGUAUUCCAGCAUCCAAUGCGGAUCGAAAUGAAAGACUCAGCUGAGUUGCCCCGCGUGUGGAUCGGGGGCUGGAAGAAAUGCUUGGCGUUUCUUCUCGGUCCCGAUCAUAAAUAGUGCGAAUACCCGAUACGGGACCGAGCUUAUUGUACAAUAGACAUGUUAUAAAUAUGAUGCUUUGCCGCAAGGAGGUUCCAUAGUAAUAGGACUCUAUAGAAUUAAAAAAAUAAGAGUGUUCAUGCUGUCUUCGGGGGUGGUUAUCAAGUACACGGUGAUAUGGUAGGGCCCAGGGAUUAAAGGACUCUCAAUUCACCGACGGCAGUUCGACGGCUUAGCGGAAGAAGAGGGAAGGGAAAGGAUGGUCAUGUUUAAUAUAGCAAGCUCAAUUGGUCGGUCAUUUAUCCCGUUCUUCGUGUGUAAGCACUGCCUGACGUAGGAGGCUUCGGACUCGGACCUUGAGAUUUCGCCGUGUGUUCCGCAGCAUGUACUUUGAAGGCUGUUGGUCUUCCGAACACCGAUGUAAAUCAGUCGAUAGAUUCUCGUAGCGCAUCUGCCUAAGCUAUAAA